AUGCCCUCUGCCGAGGAAAGCGCCAAUUUUCUUGUGAGCCUUGGGCUGCGUCCCGAGCAAAUAGAGAUUGCCACGGCAAACGGGCAGGCCGCUCCCAGCAAAGUGGUGGAAUUCACCUUGUCUCUGCUACAUCCAGACCUGGUCGAGUUUCCUGGCUCCGAGGGUUACUCUCUGUCCGUCAAAGGCAACUGGUCGUGGCUCGCGCGCAAAACUGCUUCAGCCAUAUUCCAUCCCACCCUCACCAGCCAUGUCGCCACCGCGGUGAGGCUCCUCGAGUUCUACGAUGUCAAGUUUGCCGUGCGUGGGGGUGGUCACUCGCCAAACCCAGGGUGGGCGAGCAUUCAAGACGGGCUUCUCAUUUCCACCCACCGUCUCAACGCGCUGCAUCUUGAUGAGGCGUCGGGGGUCGUCAGUAUUGGAGCUGGUAACCGCUGGGGCAUGGUAUAUCGACACUUGGAGAAGUUCGGACUCAUCACCACCGGCGGCCACUCGGCACCUGUGGGCUGUGUCGGUCAGAUCACCGGGUGCGGCAACUCGCCUUGGUUCCACAAGUACGGAUGGUCGUGCCAGAACGUCGUGAACUUUGAGAUCGUCACCAGUGGUGGUAAGGUGCUUAACGCCAGCAGGAACGAAAACACGGACCUGUGGUGGGCUCUCCAGGGCGGAUCCAACAACUUUGGCAUCGUCACUCGCUUGGAUAUGGCCACGUUCCCGGCUCCCGAAGGGGUGUGGGGUGGGCAGAUAUUCUGGGAACACAGCAACGAUACGCAGCGCAAAGUUUUGGAGGCAUACCACGAUUUCGCGACAAGACGCAUUGGGAUCGAUCCAGGGGUCGAGUCGCUCACAGGUUUUGGCACUCUGAGUGGCCAGAAAUACAUCCAGAGCGUGCUCUCCGCCGACCGAAACGUUCUAGAGGGCUGUCAUCCUUAUGCCUUUGGCGGCUUUUUCGCUCUAGCACCUGCGGCCGUGACUGGGAACUGCAGGCCAUCGCGACUCGCAGCUCAUGACGAGUUUAAAGAGGAUGAUAUUCAUCCCCGAAUCUACUUUUCGGAGGAGACACGGUUCGCCGAUCUGGACUACCUCCAACGGGCUGUCGACAUCUUCUAUGAGGUAUUCGAUGAAGCCAGCAAAACGAAGGACGCUGUUGCUUGCUUGAACUUUUCCCCGAUUGCCGCCCGCACCAUUCGCAUGUCCAAUGAACGCGGGGGGACCGCCCCCGGCUGGGAUGAAGAGGAUCAGAACAUCGUCUUCCUCGAUAAUGCAUGGCUGCGUGCCGAAGAUGAUGAGCUCAUGUUGAGGCUGGGUCAAACAUGCAUUGCACGCCUGCGGACCGCUGCGCGGGAACUCGGCGUUUUGAAGCAGCAGAUCUGGAUGAACAACGCAGGACCCGACGACGACGUUAUUGGUAGCUAUGCAACGGAAAGUGUGGCUCGACUCGGCGACAUCUCUCUCAAAUAUGAUCCCAACAGGACAUUUCAGCGUCUGUUGACGGGUGGCUACAAGCUGGAGCGGAAUUAG